GAAAAAAAGAAAAGAAAAUCCUCUACUCCUCGUCACCCGAUCAUCAAACCCCAAUAGAAACAAGAAGCCGGCGAUCACUCUUUUAUCUCCGUCACUCACACACUUCUCCGGUGGUCCAGCAAACACCAGAUUACACCUCAUCUCACUCUUUUUUUUCUAAAAAAGUUUCCACACAGUCAAAACCUAAUUCAAAACUGAAAGAUAAGCGGUUAUUAGGGUUCUACACAUCUCACUUCGAUUGAUUCGUGCAGAUUGAUUCCUAUUUGUUCUGAAUCUAGAGAACGAUAAGGAGUUGUUACUUGUUAGGGUUUGAGUUUUAGUUACUCUCGUUUUCGAGUUUUUGUUGUGAUUAUCGAACUGAAUCUGAGAAGAUCUAAACCUAAACCUAGGGUUUGUGUGUUUAAAGUUGAUUGAAGGAGGUUUUUGUCGAAUUGGAAUGCGAAUUAGUGAAUUCAUUCAUUUGUUUUCCAGUCUGAUCUAGAGAAUAACGGUUUUGAAUUGGUGAGAUUGUUGAGAUUUUGAGAAAUGGAUGUGGAUUCGUCGAUGACGUCAUCAUUGGAGGUUGAUCGUAGUAGCAGCGAGAAAUCGGAUAGUAACGGGCCUGCAUCCGAGGCGGAGGUGGAGAAGUCGCCUGCUGUGGCCGCGGAGGAGUCUGAGGUUAAGCAGACAAGUACGGUGGGCGGGCCAAGACAUGCGCCUAAUUAUUCUGUGGUGAAUGCUAUAUUGGAGAAGAAGGAGGAUGGUCCUGGUCCGAGGUGUGGGCAUACUUUGACGGCGGUUGCUGCGGUUGGGGAGGAAGGGACGGCUAAUUAUAUGGGACCGAGACUUAUACUGUUUGGUGGUGCAACGGCUCUUGAGGGCAAUUCUGCUAACGCUGGGACUCCUACCUCGCCAGGAGGUGCCGGAAUACGUUUAUCAGGGGCGACUGCUGAUGUGCACUGUUAUGAUGUAUUGACGAAUAAAUGGUCUAGAAUAACUCCCUUUGGAGAACCGCCUACACCAAGGGCAGCUCACGUGGCAACUGCUGUGGGUACAAUGGUGGUUAUUCAGGGUGGAAUUGGUCCAGCUGGUCUAUCUGCUGAAGAUCUCCACGUUCUUGACCUAACACAACAGCGACCUCGGUGGCAUAGAGUGGUUGUCCAAGGCCCAGGCCCAGGCCCACGAUAUGGGCAUGUUAUGGCUCUGGUGGGGCAAAGAUAUCUUAUGGCAAUUGGUGGGAAUGAUGGAAAACGGCCUCUUGCUGAUGUGUGGGCAUUGGAUACAGCUGCGAAACCAUAUGAAUGGCGAAAAUUAGAACCAGAGGGAGAGGGCCCACCACCAUGCAUGUAUGCUACAGCAAGUGCACGUUCUGAUGGUCUUCUUUUGCUUUGUGGAGGGCGGGAUGCCAAUAGUGUGCCUCUGGCAAGUGCGUAUGGACUUGCGAAACACAGAGAUGGUAGGUGGGAAUGGGCAAUUGCUCCUGGGGUUUCACCAUCUCCUCGAUAUCAACACGCAGCAGUCUUUGUUAAUGCUAGACUCCAUGUAUCUGGGGGAGCACUUGGAGGUGGUCGCAUGGUCGAGGAUUCAUCCAGUGUGGCAGUUCUUGAUACUGCAGCAGGAGUAUGGUGUGAUACAAAAUCUGUUGUAACUUCUCCAAGGACUGGUAGAUACAGUGCUGAUGCUGCUGGCGGAGACGCUGCAGUUGAAUUAACAAGGCGGUGUAGGCAUGCUGCUGCUGCUGUUGGUGAUUUAAUAUUCGUUUACGGUGGUCUACGUGGAGGGGUGUUGUUGGAUGAUCUUUUAGUUGCUGAAGACCUGGCUGCAGCAGAAAUGACAUCAGCAGCAUCACAUGCAGCUGCUGCUGCGGCAGCCUCCAAUGCACAGGCAGGGAGGCCCCCUGGACGGUACGGAUUUGUUGAUGACCAAACGAGACAGCCUAAUUCUGAAGCAGAUGCUGACGGUGCAGUUGUACUUGGGGAUCCCGUUGCUCCACCUGUAAAUGGUGACAUGUAUACAGAUAUCAGCACCGAGAAUGCUAUGCUCCCUGGCUCAAGGAGACUUAGCAAAGGAGUUGAAUACUUGGUUGAGGCAUCGGCGGCAGAAGCCGAGGCCAUUGCUAAAACCCUAGCUGCAGCAAAAGCUCGCCAAUCAAACGGAGAAGUCGACCUGCCAGAUAGGGAUCGUGGAGCUGAGGCUACUCCUAGUGGGAAACAAAUGAUAAAACUUGAAUCUGAUGUCAUAACUAAUUCUGCGCCAGCUGGCAUACGGUUGCAUCACCGAGCUGUGGUAGUAGCUGCAGAGACUGGUGGAGCAUUAGGUGGAAUGGUGAGACAGCUUUCGAUAGACCAGUUUGAAAAUGAAGGCAGGCGGGUUAGCUACGGGACCCCAGAAAAUGCAACUGCAGCACGGAAGCUUCUAGAUCGCCAAAUGUCGGUUAACAGUGUCCCCAAAAAGGUGAUAGCUCACCUAUUAAAGCCUCGUGGGUGGAAACCGCCUGUUCGUCGACAGUUUUUUCUGGAUUGUAAUGAGAUAGCUGAUCUUUGUGAUAGUUCUGAAAGGAUAUUUUCAAGUGAACCUACAGUUCUACAACUUAAGGCUUCUAUAAAGAUAUUUGGUGAUUUGCAUGGGCAGUUUGGAGAUCUCAUGAGACUUUUUGAUGAGUAUGGAUCUCCGUCAACUGCUGGAGACAUAGCAUACAUCGACUAUCUCUUCUUAGGAGAUUAUGUUGAUCGAGGUCAGCACAGCUUGGAAACCAUUUGUCUUCUGUUAGCUUUAAAGGUCGAGCAUCCACACAAUGUUCAUUUAAUUCGUGGGAAUCAUGAAGCUGCUGAUAUAAAUGCACUUUUUGGAUUUCGAAUUGAGUGCAUAGAGCGAAUGGGUGAGAGAGAUGGAAUCUGGGUAUGGCACCGGAUAAACAGAUUGUUCAACUGGUUGCCACUUGCAGCCUUAAUUGAGAAAAAGAUUAUAUGUAUGCAUGGUGGAAUCGGCAGAUCAAUUAAUCAUAUUGAGCAGAUUGAAAACCUUCAGCGACCAAUUACAAUGGAGGCUGGUUCAAUUGUUCUCAUGGAUUUAUUGUGGUCUGACCCUACAGAAAAUGACAGUGUGGAAGGACUCAGACCAAAUGCCAGAGGUCCUGGGUUGGUUACUUUUGGGCCUGAUCGUGUGAUGGAAUUCUGCAACAACAAUGAUCUCCAAUUGAUUGUACGUGCCCAUGAAUGUGUAAUGGACGGCUUUGAACGUUUUGCUCAAGGACAUUUGAUUACCCUUUUCUCAGCCACCAAUUACUGUGGGACCGCAAAUAACGCAGGUGCAAUAUUGGUUUUGGGUAGAGAUCUUGUGGUGGUUCCGAAACUCAUUCAUCCCCUGCCACCAGCAAUUUCAUCAGAUGAAACUUCUUCUGAACGCCAUAAUACAGAAGAUACAUGGAUGCAGGAGCUUAAUGCAAACAGGCCAGCGACACCAACUAGAGGCCGUCCACAAGUUGCUAAUGAUUCUGCCUCUGUAGCAUGGAUUUAGUAGAAUUUUUAUAGCAUACCAUCUCUAGAACCACUUGGUAUACUUAUUAUGGUUGGUGCACUUGAGAGAUUUCAAGAAUCUGCGUAGCCAUAAACACCCCAACCAAGCCCCGUUGUUUUGGUGAAACGUUCUGGAAAUGAAGAUUUGAGAUCACCAAAUGCCGGUUAGCAAACCGCUUUGUACAUUGACAAUUGGGGAGGUGUGAGCUAUUGAUAGUGUUGGUUUUUUUUCAUCGUUGGUAGUUUCUUUACAUGAUUUUUGUUUCUUGGUUAGAUGUAUUAUUUUGUUUAUUUUUGUUAAAAGAUAGAAGGAGGUGAUGAAUGUAUCAUAGAUGAGGUGGUGUUGUGUUAUGUACAAUACAUCAUUUGUGUGAAGAUAACAUUUGAGCGAAUGUUUCCUUGUUUUGGUAAAA